CCCCACUUUCCUUUUUAACUUUCCCGCUAGUUUUCCUAGAGGAAAAUUUUGCCACUGAUUUUCCCUCACUUUCUUACUCACUGAAACUCCAUGAACUCUAGAGAACUCACUCUGGUUUCAACUGCCACAAUCUUUGGUGCUUUAGCAUCUGCACUCGCUUAUCGUCUCUUAUUCUCUAACCCUAAAAAAUACUUCUCACGAAUCGAUGCUUCACGGAACGGCGACGUUGCCAAGAAAUGCACUUCUCAGAGCCCUUUCGAUCCCUCGAAACGCAAGGGGUAUUUGACAUGGGACGAUUAUUUUAUGGCAAUUGCAUUUUUGUCAGCUGAAAGGUCCAAAGAUCCAAACAGGCAGGUUGGCGCAUGCUUGGUUAGUCAAGAUGGUAUAAUUCUUGGCAUUGGCUAUAAUGGAUUUCCAAGGGGUUGUUCAGAUGACAAGCUUCCUUGGGCAAAGAAAUCCAAAACUGGGAAUCCUUUGGAGACAAAGUAUCCUUAUGUUUGUCAUGCUGAAGUCAAUGCCAUCCUAAACACAAAUCAUGCAUCAGCUGUUGGGCAGAGGCUUUAUGUGACCAUGUUCCCUUGCAAUGAAUGUGCUAAGAUAAUUAUUCAGUCAGGUGUGUCUGAAGUUAUAUAUUUUGUGGAGAAGAGGCUAAACAAUUCAGACACUGCAUACGUUGCGUCACACCAACUAUUAUCCAUGGCUGGCAUUAAAGUCAGGAAACAUCAGCCAAAAAUGAACCAAAUUUUGAUCAAAUUUGAGGAGCCAUAGUAUGAUAUAAUGCGAAUGUUGCGCAUGUCUUUGCAGUUUAAUGACUUCCUGGAUAAUAAUCUCAGAUGACCUGUAAUUUCAUAUAAUUUAUUCCAACCUUCGCAAAUUUGGUGGUCGUAUCUUUUCCUAAAGGA